CGGUGCAGGGCGGUUGGCGACGAGAUGGAUCCGGACCUCUUCCUUCGGAAGGUGUCUAAAUUACAGGCCGGCUUCCGAGGCUUCUUGGUCCGACGUCAAUUCCAGAACCUUCGAGCCGAGUAUGAGGCAAUUGUACAGGAGAUUGAGGGUGACCUCAGCACGCUUCAGUGGACUGGGGGCUGGAUCCCCAAGCCCGUAUUUCUCCCAGAGGCAAAAUCUCAUCAGUCCUGGAAAGCUGAGAAAAUACCAAACCCAGAGCAGAAACUAUGGAGCCAUUCCCCAUAUAAAGACUCUGAAAAAGAGCUCAUGUGGGAGGAGAUAGUACUGAAGAAGACAGAAGAGAGCCCAGCAAAUGCAGGAAGUCUUUGCAGAGACGACAGCACCUGGCUGCAGGCUGAGCAGGGCAGGAAAGCCAGCUGGGGAAACAGCCGAGAUACCUCUGUCUCCAAGGUGGAAAAUGCAGACCUAGGACUGUCCCUGAGUCAACAGGAGCUCCAGGAGCACCGCAACCACUUAGCCAUGGAGCUGCUGUGGCUACAGCAGGCCAUCAACAGUCGGAAGGAGUACCUAAUUCUCAAGCAAACACUGAGAUCCCCAGAAGCAAGCCAAACCAGAGGCAAGCCUCCUGACACGUACCUGAAGCACAGGGGACAGGCCUAUGAUAAGACCUGGUUGCAAUCAAGCUGCGUUCUGGACAACCAAUCCUAUAGAGACAGGAUCAUCGGAGAGCCCCAUCGUGCAGAGGACUCCUGCCACAAGGGCAGAUUGAAGCCCCAGAAGCUCCUAGACCGUGUGACCCAUGCAGGCAAAACCACUGCUGGGUCUAAAGGCAGGGAACUCUGCUAUAGGAACUCUGCACCACAGCUGCCUGCAGCAUUAGAGAGCCAGGCUGGAGGGGACAGGGUCACCAAAGGACCAGACCAUGGUGGACAGCGCUUUAAGGAAACCUCCCUCCAGCAGUUGAAAGUCCUAGAGGAUCAGAUCCCUGGGGAACUCAAGUUUAGGAGUCCUUGUUCUGAAAAGGCUGAAACACAGCUGCCCACUCUUGAAAAUCUAAAUAUUGAGGACAGAUAUUCCAGAAAGCCAAGCUACAAGGAAACUCACAGCCGAAGCACCGGGGCCUAUGAUUUGAAUAUCUCAGAAGGCCACGUGAUUUGGGAUGAGACCUUGGCAGGGCAGAAAUGAGGUAGCUUGGAUCUCAUUAGGACUAAACCAUCCAAGAGCCACACACCCAGUGCUAGCACUUCUGGCCAUGGAAAUACCAGUAAGCUUAGUCCAGAAGGAUGGGGAAACCGUGGAGCUCUGCAAUGGAGAUGAAGACCACUGGAGAACUUGUCUUCCUCAAGACAAGAAGAGGGGAAGGGCAGAUACUGGAAAGCAGGAGCAUCAGGAAAGACCUGGGGAUCCAGGAGAGGAAGGGUUCCCAAAGGAGAUGCUGUGAAAAAUGAUAAGGGGAGCAGGCCCUUGUCCUGCAUCCCUGGUACCACCUGUCUCCUGCCCUUGCCUCUGGCCAUCGGUAGAUCUCAGGCUAAGAGAAGCUAGAGGGCUGAGCUGGUACGGUAGGAGAAAGGACACACCCUUUUACCUUCUGCCUUUGACUUAAACCAACUUCCACCUCCUCUUGGGCUAAGUAGGGUGGGAGGAUCCUGGAGAAUAAAAGUUUUCCUUGGAUUCUUGGCCGCCAUGCAGGCGGAGCUGUGUGGACAAGUGAGCUCCCUGGAGACGACUCACCCAUCUUCCUCGGCUGCCAUGGGUGUCCUCAGGUAAGGUACGGCCCCAAAGACUUCGUCUCAGGAUUGCUUCUUGCUACUGAUGUGUUUCCUCGUGUUGGUCAUUGCCACACUCCUCAUACACAUGACUUGGUGUGAGUGGACCCUGGGAGACCCUCACUGCCUAUGCUGCUGUGAUCACUUCCUGGAUGACAGCCACUCCACUGGGCAAAUCUCCUGCAGAUCAACAUGAAGAUGGACUUUCACAAAUUAAUGCUGUUUGCAUGAAUUAAUGACUACAGAAUUGAUUCAAAUACUUUUAGGAAGGAAGUUUGAGGAGGUGGUUUUAGUUGUUUUGCCAGAAAGAUGUAAUAAAGUUAGAGCCAAGAAUAGCGUGUACCAGCACUCGG